AUGUUGUCCGGAGAGCGACAGCAAAAUAUACGGGUAAAUGAUGACAUAGAAGAGGGUCCAGUCCCGGAAGGAACACGUCGUGUUCAAGAAGACAAUACCGACUAUGUUUAUUUAGGGGGUGAUCGAAGAAUGAAGGUGAGCGAUUUUUUGAGGAAUUAGACUUUCUGGCAUUAUAGAAAUUUCCAGAAAAGAUAUCAUUUAAAUCGCAAACUUUGUAUCAAAAGUUAUUUCUGACAAUGAGGUAUUUAAGAACCCAUUUUGGGUUGUUUUCUGACACCUCUGCCAAUUGUUUAGGACGCAUAUUUCUCUUUAAAAAUUCAGAUCUUAUUUUAUGUCUCUUUUAGCACAAAAUCAAGGCCUCAUUGCCUUUUUUCAUCUAUGCCACAGAGGGAUUUUUGUUCUCCAAUAAUAACUGUUUUUUUCAGAAACGAGUUGCUUUUCAAAUAAUCAUCGCCGUCAUCGCUGCUUUGAUUAUCAUCGGUUUGGCCACAGCCUUCUUUACGACAAUCCAUUGGUGA